AGAGAUAAAGUAAAAGGGAAAAUUCAGACUUGAGUUUCCACAUGAUUCAUUAUCAUAUGAAAUUUCCAUGAUUCUAACCUAAUUUUUUGAUCUGUCGCUUUAUGUCAGAACUGUCACAAUAAUUUUGGUAAAAAUUUAAUUUUUAGCGUUGUUUAUCAAAAAUGGCAUAUAAUAAGGAUACUGAAAUACGUAAAGUAAAACCUGAGGAGAUGUACAAGUUGGCAAUUAUAUUAAACGACUCUGAUGCAUGGAAAAAAUUAAUGACUAUUGUGCUUAAGGAAGGAGAUAUUCCCAGAUUUGAUGGUGAUCAUAUUCGCACGAUAGAACAAGCAUCGCAAUACAGAGACAAGCGCAAUCCAGCUCAAAUAUUUUUAGAUGAAUGGAGCACUAUGGGAAGGAAGAGACCAACAUUAGGAAUAUUAUUAGAGCUUCUCAUACAAGCAGAAUUAUUUAGAGCUGCUGAUUAUGUAGCAUGCGAUCUACUAAAACAGCAAAAACUAAAGAGACCAAGUAGUGGUCCAGCUGCUUCUAUUGAUACAAGUGAUGCAGCCAUAGAUGAUUUGUUAGAAAAACAAAUGCUUCUACAAAAUCCUUUACUAUUAGGAUCGACAUCAGAAAUUGAGAUAUAUUUUAGGAAGGACAAGGACAAUAGCAUGAAUAAUGAAAACGCCAACAAUUUAUCAGACACAGAUGAAAAUUCUUCAAGUUGUCAUAAAUCUGCAGAUGUUAUAUCAGCCAUUGAAUCAAAUUUAAUAAAGUUUAGCACCACAAAUAUUAGUGAAGCUGGGAACAAAGAUAUUGAAUGUAAUUUUGCUUCAGUGUCUAAACGUGAUUCUGAAGAAAUUCUAAAGACAAGCAAUCCAGAAAAUUCAAUAGAUGAAACACAUACAUAUGAAGUAUCUGAAGUAUCAACUCAAGAAUUGCCAGUAGUUAUACUGCCAGUAAUUGCCAGUAAUAAUAAUCCUGAACAAUCUGCUACAGAGCUUAAUGAAGAGAUGUGUUCAUCUGAUAUGAAUAUUCCACUUUGUAUAAAAAAGUAACAUUUGACUUCAUUUAUUUCAUAAUCAUGAUUUUAUCAAAAAUUAUGUGCAAUAUAAAUAAAUAUUUUAUUAUCUAUUUACAAGAGAAUUAUGGAACAAAGUGUAUUAAUAUUAAGAUAUAGAUAUAA